AUGUCUGAGGAAAUGGAUGUGUCAAAUGGAAGUCCUCCCAGCCUGGAAGAGUUGGAGCAGACCGAUGGAGCCAAGCCCGUAACCAUUGAUACCACCUACUGUGAUGAUAACAUCGACAUUUUGAAGAUAAUGAUGCCUUAUAUGAGAUGGAAACAAGUUGACCCGCGCCCUCCAGGCUACCCCUGUGACAUCUACUGGCAUUAUGACACCUUCCUCGAUCAAACCGGCAUCACAUCUGGACAGGUCAAUCGGUUUCCCGGUGAACAAGACCAAGGGCCAGGCUGACAGACCAACGUUCAUCGUAAAGCCCUCUGAUGGUCAUCGCGGUAUUGGGGUCUACGUGAUGCAGGACAUGGCACAGUUUACGGACGAGGAGGAUGACCACUAUGUGGCCCAGGAGUAUGUUUCUGACGUCUUCACCAUGAACACUUUCAAGUUCGACCUACGUAUCCACGCCGUCAUUAGGUCCGUCUCUCCCCUCGAGUUCUACAUCUGUGACGAGGGACAGGUCCGUUUGGCCACUAUGCCCUACACAAAACCUACGGCGGAGAAUAUCCGCUUCGCCAAUAUGCACUUGACUAACUUCAUGGUCAACGUUCAAAAUCAGAAUUACGUGCUGUGCGAUGAGGACAAUGUGGGUAGCCAACGUUUGUUCAGCGCUUGGUUGAAACAGCUAGGGAAGGAGGGUUACGACACCAAGCUGCUGUGGCAGAACAUUGAGCUGCUUGUUGCUAAGACACUGAUAGGAAUGACGCCUCAGAUGCUGGUUGACUACCACGCUGCUAUUCCAGAUGACCAGAAAGGACCUACGUGCUUCCAGGAGGAAGCCACAGCCACAUCAGGGAGAUACAACCCAGAAGGUGACAGGACCUUACACCCCAGAAAAUGUGGAGGUGGAAAAAAAUGAGGAAGGCGAAGACAAAAGCAGUCUGAUCCAACUGGUGCCUAAGUUGUACGGCAAGCAACUGCAGCCGUGUAGGACACUGGAGAGAAUUGCUGAGAUCUUCAUCGCCUCCGUGCCGUCGACAGGUUCCGCGUACAUGAGCCGAUCAGCCUUCAAAGACUUUGUGAAGAAAUGUGAGUUUGACAAGAAUAUGAGUAGUUCAGAAGUCGAUGAGCUCUUCUGCACUAUUGAACAAGCUAACCUCCACCUGAAUCCGAAAGGAACGACCGGCCUCAGCUUUUUCGCCUUCGUCUCCGCCUGUACCAAGAUGGCUGCUGAUGAAUAUCCCAGAAUUCCCUUUGCGGUACAGUUGUCCAGCUUUGCAGAGAACUGCGAACGAUUGCUGGGUCUUCCGGGACUCAAAACGGGCACACACUCCAAUGGCUCGUCCAGUCUGGAUCGUUAAGACUUUCGGCAAAAUUGAAUAAAGUUUUCUUAGGUUUCGAUAGCAA